CAGAGUUACGUGUUAAGGAACUAAACAAACAUAUACCAGUAAACGUGUAAACGAUGUUAUAUGUGUUUAGCAUAAUCAUCAAGUCAUCACCAUCUUGCGGAGGCUGCUGCCAGUCUCGAAUCUGUCAACCGUGCGGCGACUCUGAGAUUAGAGUGAUUUUGAUUUAUCGAAUUGUCAGGCAUCGUGCGUGAUGAAAUAUUAAUUAGAUCACCGCACCCACCUCUCAGUAAUUUGGUCGUUAAUCGAAUACAGUCCCCGUGGAGAACUUUGCCACCCACUGAUAAAAGGAUCCUCGCCAGUCAUAGGUAGUCGAAUCUCGUUUCUACGUCCAAAGAGGGUCGUACCCCUGGACCGCGACGCAUCAACCGUACGCCAUGAAGAUCCUUCCGCCAAGAGAUUUCCGGCUCCAAUAGUAAAUUUCGGAAUUUGGCCAACAGUGUUUCGCCCAAUUGCCCAAUAACUUUCCCACGGUGCAAAGUAUUUCAAAGCGAAAUAAAAAAAAAAAAAAGUCAACGAGUGGCAAAAUGAACCCAGUGUCUAUGGUACCUGGAAGGAAAUAGUGCGUAGGCAACUUUAUAGCGUAUGCAGUGCUUACAACGUGGAACGUGUCACGUAUGGCCGAUCCGUGGCAUGACAUUAACGCAGGAUUGUUUCGAUCCGAUCGUUAGCUCGAUAAUGGUCUCAUGUCAACUAUCAAGGACUCCGAUCGGCCACCGGCUGGACAAGACGCCAAUCCCGUCCCCCGGGUGUUCCCUUUCGUUUCCUCGUCUCAACGGGACACACCUCGUUCCCAGCUUCCUCCAUGCUCCCAUCCUGAGCCCGAUAGACACCUGGCACCAGUCGCUGACCUUCCACAGGACGAACCAGGAUCCGAUACGAGGGCUUCCCUCGCCAAUGAAUUCGUUCUAGAGGAAUGAUCUCGAUUCGUCGCUAAUUUUUCCUAGAACUCAACAGGCGACAAACGACCCUGGUCCUAAUUCGGGAGAGACACCGUGGUACAGAGUCUUCAAGGAUUUGGCAAUACAGCCCAGAGGAAGUGACAGGACAAUGCAGCUGCCUCGUGUCAGACGCAUUCAUCACUAAUCAAUUUACUAAUCUAUUGGCAAUCGAUUAGUAAUUCUGGAAGCAUGAGUUCCUGGCAAAUUUCCACGGAUUUACCAAAAAUCGAAAAAAAAGGGGAAUGUACAAGGUUGCGUAACGAACUGAAAUUUACAUUCCAGCGGAACGAGCCUCUACUCAACCAGACACAGGAAGGACAAUGAAGGAUCGUUCUUCAAAGCCGGUCGUCCUAUCCCAACCACGUUUUCAAGAGGAUCGUAACUGCCGUUUCUAACGGCGCGUCGUUUCCAUCGAACCACGCUGCUACACGACCAGUCGUCUUACGAUCUCUCUAUAAUCUACCACAACGCCAAGAACUGCGUCGUUGCCUGCAGCUACACAGUCGAUCUCUCGAAACGACCAGGACCUCCAGUUACCCGUCAUCGAGUGACUCGAUUCGCAAAUAGAGUCAUCGGCGUUAAGGAGAAGUUCGAGCGAACGUACUGUACGAGGAGAGACACGUGUGAAGCAUGUGGCUGAGAAGCGGAGGCUCUCUCUCUCUCUCUCGAGGACCGUGCAGAAGGAAGGAAGGAACUGAGAAAGGAGCAAUGUCGUGCCGUGUGGUCCUGUACCGAAGAGUGGGCCACGUACGCACACCGCGCGUGCCAGUGAAAGUGUACGUCUGUCAGCCCCACCCUGGGGCCCCCACGUAUUCGAAGUUGUGGUCGCCGAGGUUUUAUACGCUACACGGGUGGAAUCAUCUGGGGCAAAUCGCGCCGGAGCCCGGACGUGCCAGCGCAUUGGUAUAUAUGAGCCGCAGAGCGCGACGGGACUUCUGACAGAGUCGACACGUGUCAUCGUGAGAGACGGAGACAGAGUCAACAUUGACAUCAACGUCGGUAUUGACUCAAGUUUCGCGGUUGUAAUCGCCCAAUGAUAGUUACGCGAUCGGCGAACGUGCAUCUCGCGUAAAAGCAUCGGCAGUUUCCGGUUCUUUCAUCGCUGCGUCCCUUAUAUCCUUCGCGUCGCCCUGCGCUUCCACUGUCUCCUCUGGUGGCGCCUCGCUCGCCUGAACGGACCUUCGACUGGCACUGGCGGAGGGAUUCGCGGGUGGAACGAUAACAAGCGACCUCACCAGUCUUCCUUGGAUUCGCUUGUUUAGGAGGCUGAAGACCCAACAUUUAAGUGGUCACUCUACACGUGGACUCGAGUGUCUCUGGUGACGAUGAGACAGCUACUCGAAUUGAUCCUUCUGGUGUUGCUGACAGGUGGUCAGGCCGAACCUUGUUCAGAGUACGGAUGUCCACAUAGGCCUCAUCACGAGCCGUUUGUCCCUGCGCCACCAGGACACACUCCAAGAUGUGCCAAACCGGGCCAGACCUUUUGCGAGACUCUGGACCAUUAUCCGCAGCAACUCAUCAGAUUUCUUAUCGACAAAUGGAACUUUGACUACAACAGGGUACUCAUUGAUGAAUCACGUGACGAUUUCAACUCCUACAGGUCGGACAGAACCAGAUUACCAGGAGGGUUACGAGUACCACAGACCGGAAAUAUCCCAGUUUUAUCCUCAACCCCUACCGUUCCUACCACCCCAUUACCCCUUUGGAGGACAACCAGCUUCGGUUUAUGGCCCACCCCCGAAUACAACCCAUCAGCCAGGCUACAAUUAUCCAGUGCCCCCGCGAACACAGGCGAAUCCUUUUCUCCAGCAGCCAGUGCCAAUGGGAACCUCAGCGGCCCCUCAGCUUCCUCAUCUUCAGCAGCAACCUCCGCGUCAGCAUCAUCUCAAUCCUUUCCUCUACCCUCAGUCCCAGACCUUGGAAUCCUUGGGCCAGGAUCAGGCUUGGUGGUCGAACAGGUACGUUCGUGGGAGCGACGGGGUCGUAGCGCCGCGUUCUCAACGGGAGAACCCCCUUUUGGAAUUCGCAAAAUUAAAGAAGGAUCGCACGAAGCGGCAAGCGAACUCUCAGGCCACCGCACUUUGUCCAACAAACUCGCAAUACAUAAUGCCGAAGGCCGCCUUGAACAACAAGGGCAACUGGAUGUACGUGGUGAAUCUGCAGGAACAGGGCAACAGGUACACCCAGCUGGUGCGAAGCGAGACUUGCGCGGGAGACACCUGCAACGGCUUGUGCUCCUUGCCAACCGGCUACACGAGUAGAUGUCAACAGCAGUACGUGCAGAAGAGGCUGGUAGCCCUGGAAGGAAGUGGCGACCGUCUCUAUACGGAUGUCUUCUGGUUUCCUCACUGUUGCACAUGCCAAGUUAUGCUAAACAAUUGAUAAACCAAUAUAAAAA